AAUUCCGCGUGAAUGCGCCACUUAAAAUCGUGGAAGUGGAAGAUGCUGGCUCCAGUUGCAGAUGCAAUCAGCUGCAGCCACACGCGAAUAUCUUGCCGAGUUAGUACUGAGUUGGGAACAGCAGAGUCCUGAAUGCUUUUCUGUGACACUGUAACAAAUAGGGCGGAUUUUGGUUGCGCAUGUGUGUGAUUUACAGUCGAGACGAAGAGAUGGCUACACCGACAAUGCCAAGUGAUGGUGGCGAAGAGCUUGCAGAACUGAAAAAGAAUAUUGACGAUGUCUUCAUCCUGACAAAUGCAAUCAUUGUUUGCUUAAUGCAGUGUGGAUUCGCGUGCCUAGAAGCAGGAGCCGUGCGUUCUAAGAACACUACAAAUAUAAUCAUGAAGAACUUCAUGGAUAUCUUUAUAAGUGCUCUCUGCUACUGGCUGGCGGGCUACGCGCUGGCAUAUGGAGAUGGGAACCCGUUCGUGGGAUAUACGUACUGGGCCGGUAUCGGUGUGCAGGGACAGAAGAUGGCACACUGGUUCUUCCAGUUCGUCUUUGCCGCUACUGCAGCUACCCUCGUAUCCGGCGCAGUUGCCGAGAGAUGCAACUUCGUGGCUUACAUCACUUACAGCGCAGUUAUAUCAGGGUUUGUGUAUCCCGUGGUAAGUCGCUGGGUGUGGGCACAAGAAGGCUGGCUCAACCAAAUGGGCUACCGAGAUUUCUCUGGCUGUGGUCCAGUACACCUCCUGGGAGGAACAUGUUCUUUGUUUGGAGCUGCAUUCCUCGGCCCUCGGCUGGGACGCUUCAGCAGCAAGAUGGAGGACUCUCAGAUGAUGCCAGGACAUUCUGUGCCGUUGACAGGUCUAGGGGGCAUGAUCCUCAUAGCAGGGUUCCUGGCAUUUAAUGGUGGAACUCUGGGAACCAUGACGAAUCCUAGGGACAGUGAACUUAUCGCCCGUGUGAUAAGCAACACAGUGAUGGGAGGCUCAGGAGGGAGCAUUACAGUGAUGCUAGUGGGCAGACUGGGGCUGGGCGGGACCCCCAGCUGGAGCUUCAUGUGCACAUUAAAUGGCGCCUUCAUCGGUAUGGUCUCAGUGUGUGCAGGUGUCAAUGAAAUGAACAUGUGGGAGAGUUUUGUUUCUGGAAUAAUUGCUGGACCAAUCUACAUGAUAAUCCAUUAUGCUGUUUUGUGGUGCAAAAUUGAUGAUCCACUGGAUACAGUAGCUAUUCACUUAGGAGGAGGAGUUUGGGGUCUUAUCUCAGCGUCAAUCUUUUCAAACAGUGGACUUGUAUUUGGCAUCACCAGAAAAUCCCUGAUGCUAUUGGCCUAUCGGAUGGCUGGGGCAACCAUCAUCUUCUCCUGGGCAUCUGUUACAUCUUGCAUUACGUUUGGAAUUCUGAAAUGCACUGGGAAGCUGAGGGUCAGUGCUAAAGAUGAACAACAAGGUUUGGAUAUCUCUCUCCACAAUGAGCCUGGAUAUCCAGUAAAGGGAUGGCAAACAAUGGUUGUGUCAGUCCAAGGGAAUUCUGUGUAAACUCAUACUAGUUUCUUCAGUGCUAUUAUUUAUAUGUCAAGCAAUAUGAUUACAAGCAAAUUACAAAAUUAUAUGAUACAUCAAUUCCAUUGCAAAAUAGAAAACUGAAUAAACAUGUUAAUAAUUAUCAUCAAUUACUCUACUGCCAUUCUCCAUCAGUUACUUAAGACAUAACAUUCACAAUUACAAUUAUUUAUAAGAACAAGUAUCGUGUUCUUACACGUUCAAAAUUAUUAUGAAAAUAAUGAGUAUUUGGUAUGGAACACCAGCCUUACAUGAAUCUCUUUAAUAUAUACAAGCACCACACUGUAAUGCCAACAACACAAUACUAAUAAGGCCACAAAUCAUCUGCAAUAUAACUUUUGAAUUACUCAAUGUUACAGCUAAUAAGCAAGUUGCUCCAAAAGAUUGUCCGUGUGUAGUCACUGCAUCUCACAACAGAGGAAAACUGGAUCAGUCUCAGAUACACUCCAAAAAUACAUAUACACAAAGAACACAUCUACAUAUUUAAGGACCUAUCAUACAAUCAGAAUCAAAUUAAAUUAAAAAUAAAUUGCUGCUUUCUGAGUUUCUCCCACAAGGACAAUACAACACUACAGUGUACGAUGAGGGUUGCUCAAAUGAAACCUAUCAACCAACAGUAUUUGCUAGCAGUGCCAGAAAUAGGUUUCAUCUGAACAACCCUCAGAUUACAUAAACACAAAACAAGUAAUUUUAAAGUAGAGCCUAAACAAUACCACAAAUCACAAUAAACAAAAUACUUCACAGUAUGAGUAAGACUUUGAGUUUUCACAAAGAAUAUUAUAUGCACAAAGUUCUAUCACUAAAUGUUAUUUUGUUGCUCUGAAAAGUAAAUUACAUUAGAUGUUAUGUAAGCAUAUUUUCUUUUUAGAAACAAGGCUUGAAUGCAUUUAUCCAGGAAGAUGCAAAUUUUAUUUUUAGUCUCUUAAUUUAAAAAUUCACAUGAAAUAUGACACAAAAUGAAGACAAAAGCAAAUGUUUCAUAGCUCCAAAGACUUGUGUUUCCUUAAAAAUAUUAUGCCUCUAGAAAAGAAUCUACCUGUAUUACAAAUGUUAUGAGAAAUAAACUGCAACAACCCCUUUUAUGAAUAACUGAAACGAGGGACAUGAUUGUGUCAUUCAUAUGAUUCCAGCAAGAAUUACUUGUAAAUGACAAGGAAAAGUACCUUCUUCUGGGAUGUGAUGUGAUGUAGUCUGGCAGAAGUUCACCAUGUUCCUCCAAAACAAACAGGUAUGUUAAAUUCUACCAGACUAUAUGGCACCAUGUCCCUUAGGAUAGUACUCUUCACAGUCACUGCCGCAAGACCCUCAAAGCCAAUAUAAAUGCCUACUUUGUAGUAUUUACUCUAUCAGACCCCUUCUGUCAGUUAAACCCUGCCCUCUGCCAAGACACAUUCACACAUGUCAAUAUGAACAAUGUGGGAAUUAAGGAUGUAUGAAUUUAGAGUUCUGCAGCUCAGUAGAGUGAUGGGCAACAGGAUGGAUGACUGAGGAAUAUGUGUUGGAUUCCCAGCACGGGUAAGAAAUUUUUCUCUUCUCCACAGAAUCUAGACCAGCUCUGAGGCCAUUCCCCAUAAGUUUUCAUGGUGUGGUA